AUGGAGGUUACUACUUCCGCUAAAGAAACUCUUCGUACCCCUUCUGUUGAUCUAGAUCUCUCUAAACCGUCCGGACAAUACCCUGAUGGAGUUGGUAAUAUGAAUAUAAUAGUAAGAAUUAGUCACAUCGGUGAUGAGGAAAUAAAAGGAUGGCAGAGGAAAGAAGAUAAUAAAGUGGAGGAAGAUGUGCAAGAAGCACCCUCCGAAGAGGAGGAACCAGAGGUGCCGGAAGUGGUAAAACCGACAAAACCUCUACCUUGUCGUGUAUAUUAUGGAACUCAAACUGGAACAUCUGAGAAAUUUGCCAGACUUUUAUCAUCUAAACUUGCAGAGUGGGACAAUAUAUCACACAAGGAUCCCAUUUGCCUAGAGGACUUUGAGAAGGAACACUUUACGGAUGAAAAUGUGGUCAUCAUCUUCCUCAUUUCAACUCAUUACGACGGUCUAUUUACUGAUGACACAAUUCAAUUCUGCAAGUGGCUAAAGACUUUGGAGCGCAACAGGAUGUCUUUAAGUGGUCUUAAGUUUGCAAUGUUUGGCUUUGGAAGCAAAGAGUACGACUACUACAACAAGGCUGCCUACGAUUUGCAAGCAAAGCUUUUGGGUCUUGGAGCGCAAGAGUUUUCAAAUUUGGGCCUUGGAGAUGAAUUGGCUGGAUUCAGAUUCGAGUUUGAAAAGUGGGUUGGAGUUCUCUAUACCUCACUCUCCAACCUUUACGAGACAAAGCCUCCGAAACUAAAAUUUGACACAAAGCUAAAAAUCAAUCCAGGGGAUACUUGGAGAUCAUUUGCUCCCCUGGAACUCCGUUAUACAACAUAUAAUAUGCCUUCAGACUUUGAGGCAAAGGCAACAGACGUGAUCUGCAAACAACAGUGGCAAUGCAGAAAGGCUACACUUUUGCUCAAUGAAAACCUCACUCCAAAGAGUGAGCAGGACACACACACACUUGAGCUUACCUUUGACACUCCUUCCACAGACAGAUCGUUUGCCUCAAACUCGUCAUACGCUGCAAAGAAUCGACCAAAGACUGCAUGCACAUUCAAUACAGCGGAUACUGCGUUUAUACUCUAUGCGAAUCCAAAAUCAACCAUUGACUUUUUUAUGGAAAAACUCGGCGUUUCAGAGUCUAGUGGAGCUCGUAUCAGUGAUGAGCAAAUGCACAAACUCAUCACAUUUGUUCCUAGAUAUGGAAACGUCAGGGACGGAUCAUCAUUCUCUGCUCCGUUCCCAGUCCCUUGCACAGUUCAAGAUGCCCUGGAAUUUUACUGUGAUUUGGUUUCUUUACCAAGUGCUGAGAAUUUGACCAAGCUUUGCUGUUUUCUCAGGGAUCCAAGGGAGUGUGAAAGGUUGAUGAAGGUGAUUACGAAUAAACGUUUGAUGAAGCAAAUGAAGGAGGAGCUUUGUCUAAGUCUGGAGGAGUUUAUUCGUUUGUUCAUGCCAAACGUGACGUUUCAUCUCUUUGGAUUUCUGCAACUCAUUCCAAAGCAGAUUCCAAGACCAUACACGAUAUCUUCCAAAGGCGGUGAUACUCUCCGUCUGACUGUAAAGAGAAUAAAAAGGAAUCUACACUCGCUCAAGACAUUUUAUAAUACGAACUUGAAGCUAGAGAUUUUCCCUGAAGGAGUUAACAAGUCGUUUUUGAAAGCUAGGAGAAUUUACGAGGGUAUCUGUAGCAACUAUCUGUGCGAUCUCAAGGUUGAUUCCAAGGUCAAUAUCUUUAUCAGACCAUCCUCAUUCUCAACAAUCCAAGACUUUAAUAAACCAAUGGUUCUUAUCGCAAACGGAGCAGGAAUUGCGCCAUUUAGGGGCUUUUGGGAUUCAUUCACCGAUGACUCUGAAAAGCUAAUAAUGUUAGGGUUCCGGUCAAGAGAUGAUAUCCUCUACGCAAACGAGCUAAAGGAACUCGCACAACAAUCCACCAUUAACGUAAAGUACGCCUUUUCCAGAGAAAAGGACAAGAUUUAUGUCCAAGAACUCGUUCGUAAAAAUGUGGAAGACAUAACCAGAAUACUCUCCACCGAUGGCAUCAUUACAAUUUGCGGGAGUCGCCGAAUGGGUAACGAGGUCAAGCUUAUCUUGGCAAAUUUAAUUCCGGAUUUUGACAUUGAGGAGCUCAAGAAGGAAUCGCGAUUCAUUGAAGAAUUGUGGUAAACUAAAUGCAGUGUUUAUCUAACAUGCACUAAUCACCUAUCAGUAA